GUCAAACACAGGCCGCCAUGUUCUGUCCCCGGGGGCUUGUAGAUUUCUUGGAGCGGAGUCUGCCACGCCGAGGAGUGCGUAAACAGUGUUCUGGGCUUCAAACUUCGCGCUGGGUUUAUCCUAAAGAACUGAACUAAUCGCUAUGAGCCACCCGUCCUCUGCGGGCGGCGGGGGCGGAGGACUCGGUGCCGGGAAAGCAGGAGGAGGAAAGCACGGAGGUUCGGGAGGAGCUGCGGCCGCCGCAGCUGCAGUCGCGGCCGCCGGAGUAGGAGCUGUGGCCGGGUCUGUCUCGGCUCUACCUGCCGCUGUUGUUUCCUUGCCCUCAGCAGCACUACCUGGACAAUCUGCUGAACUUACAGCCUUGUUUGAGUGCCCGGUUUGUUUUGACUACGUUCUGCCACCGAUUCUGCAAUGCCAGGCCGGGCAUCUAGUUUGCAACCAAUGUCGUCAAAAGCUGAGUUGUUGUCCAACUUGUCGAGGCCCUCUCACCCCGAGUAUCAGGAACUUGGCUAUGGAAAAAGUUGCCUCUACUCUACCGUUUCCUUGUAAGUACGCAUCAGCCGGCUGCCUGUUGUCCCUCCACCACAGUGAGAAGCCUGAACACGAGGAAGUGUGUGAGUUCCGUCCCUACACAUGCCCGUGCCCCGGAGCUUCUUGUAAGUGGCAGGGCUCCCUGGAGGCCGUCAUGCCCCACCUGAUGCAUGCCCACAAGUCCAUCACCACCCUGCAGGGAGAGGACAUCGUCUUCCUGGCCACAGACAUCAACCUGCCGGGGGCUGUGGACUGGGUCAUGAUGCAGUCCUGCUUCGGCCACCACUUCAUGCUGGUCCUGGAGAAGCAGGAGAAGUACGAGGGCCACCAGCAGUUCUUCGCCGUGGUGCUGCUCAUCGGAACGAGGAAGCAGGCCGAGAACUUCGCCUACCGCCUGGAGCUCAACGGGAACCGGCGGCGCCUCACCUGGGAGGCCACGCCCCGCUCCAUCCACGACGGUGUGGCAGCUGCCAUCAUGAACAGCGACUGUUUGGUGUUUGACACGUCCAUCGCUCACCUGUUUGCUGACAACGGCAACCUGGGGAUCAACGUCACCAUCUCCAUGUGCUGAGCUGCUCAGAUGUGGAAACACACACACCCGUGAGUUUGCCUUGCUCCCAGGACCCCACAUCCCUCAACUGCUCCAACCCCGCUCACCCCCACCACCUCUUCUGCCCAGCCAACCGGUGCCAGGCAAGGAGGGCACUGCCCAGGGUAAGAAGGGGCGGUCCGUCAAUCUGCUUCCACCCUGCAGAUUCAGAGAAGCUCCACUUCAACAGCCAGUGGCCCCUGCAGAUGCAGCUUUCUAAUCCUCACAGCGAAUCAAGUUUCAGUAAAUUGGACAGUGGACAAAUCGGGGCUUCAGAGACGCAUGUGGGCAGAGUCGGGGCCUGAUGGUGACCAAUGCGCUGCCUCCCAGUCUGGGUUAGUGUGAGCUGUGGGGUUGCUCAUGCUCUGCUAAAGGAUUACACAGACUACUAACCAACUCCUUACUGUUCAAAACAGUAAGAUGCAAAACGCAACCAUUUCCAUAAGUAUGUCAUGCUUAUUAAAACAAGCCUAUGUUAUGUCCAGAGUGUCUAUGAAAUGAAGAUGGUGACACUGUAACUGAGAGGUUGUGUGUAUAAUAUACACUGAGUGUACAAAACAUUAGGAACACCUUCCUAGUAUUGAGUUGCACUCCCUUUUGCUCUCCGAAUAGCCUCAAUUUGUUGCGGCAUGGACUCUACAAGGUGUCAAGUAUUCCACAGGGAUGCUGGCCGAUGUUGACUCCAAUGCUUCCCACAGUUGUCAAGUUGGCUGGAUGUCCUUUGGGUGGUGGACCAUUCUUGAUGCAGACGGGAAACUGUUAAGCAUGAAAACCCCAGCGGUGUUGCAGUUCUUGACACACUCAGACUGGUGCGCCUGGCACCUACUACCAAACCCUGUUCAAAGACACUUAAGUAUUUUGUCUUGACCAUUCAUCCUCGGAAUGGCAUACAUAUACACAAUCCUUAUCUCAAUUGUCUCAAGACUUAAAAAUCAUUCGCUAACCCAUCUCCUCCCCUUCAUCUACACUGAUUUGAAGUGGAUUUAACAGGUAACAUCAAUAAUGGAUCAUAGAUUUCACCUGGUCAGUCUGUCAUGGAAAGAGCAGGUGUUCCUAAUGUUUUGUACACUCAGGCGAUUGAUCCUGAUUGUAAGCAUAUCUGUCCAGCAUGUAGAAUAAAGAAAGAUUAGAUUUUUUGGUCAUAGGCGCUCAUCAUAAUGUAUCAUAAAGGUUACAUAAUGCCAUCAUAAUGAUGGUAUGAAACCUGUCAUAACCACUGUUUGGUAAAACCCUAGUGCCUAGUUAUUCACAUGGAUUCUGUAUGACAAUACAAACAACAAAAGUAAAACAAACUUAAGUUGAAUAUUUACAUUCUCAAACAACAAAAGCAUGUUACUUCUCCAAAGUCACAAGUUCUGUUGUUUAUACCCUGACUGAUUGAAGGUUAGCUUGUUUGCUAACAAUGAAGUCCCACGCCUUUUUGUAUGGUCAUUUUUCAUUUAAAUCCCUGAAUGAAAGACCGGACCUUUGGGACUGUAAGAUUCUAUCUUACAUUUUGGUCAAAAAUGAGUUAUUCAGAUAGUUACUCUUUUGGUGGUCCUUUACAUGUGAGAGAGGUCCAGUUUGUAAUGAAAAAAAAAAUGAAUAAAUUGUAAGUUCUAUUUGCGCAAACACCUUUUUAACUUUAAGGUUCUAUCUGCGAUCCAAUCACAAUGCUGGGUUAUCAAUCAAAAAUAAUUGCAUGUAAGCUGAUAUACUUAUUGAGUCAUAAAAGAGUAAGACAUCACAAAACAGUUCUGAGAUCUGGGACUUGAAAAAUACUCCAUCUAAAAACAAUAUAUUUUGCAGAUAGAACCUUCUAGUCCCAAGUUCUUGAUUAUUAUAUCAUAGGUUCUGGUCCUCUUUUUCAAUUCGAUUUUUUUUCUCACCACUUUUUCAGAACAAUGGCCAUAAUUUAAGGUAAAAACUAAUAAAUACAGGUGCAGUAGAGCAUAUUUUAGGCACUUAGGAGAGGCAUUACUGUUUUUGUCUUGUUCUAUAUCAAUACGAAAACCUCCAUGGAAGGGGUAUUUCACUGAAAUUAUAAACUUACCAGAUUUUAUUGAUUUAAUAGCAAGUAGUUUACUGACCUUGUGUCAGAGACCAGAACAUUAUCAGUUUACUCAUCCAGAGCUAAGCUUUAACAAUGUUACUAGUUCUCUGUAGGAUAUAGUGUAUUUGCCAUUUUGGGGAACGCUUUAACAAAUGUGAUGAAUGUUAAUUAAGAAAGAAUAAUUCACUACAAAACAGUUCUGAGAUGUGUGAACUUUUAUGCUCAAUAUCUCAGAACUGCUGUGCGCAGAUAGUCCCAAGGUCUCGAGGUGUCAUGUCAUAUUUUAGAUAGCAUUAUGUUCACUUCAUGACACAAGUCAAGUCACAUUUUAUUGUGUGUGUGCGUUUGUGAAUACUUCAAUGUUUGCCUGAAGAUUAGGUUAUUGUCAAAGUUUGUAAAGCACUGAGAAGGUUCUGGAGCAAGUACUACAGUACCACCACGGUUGGGAUUAUAUAUGCUGUGUUUUUCUCUGAAUACACUCCUUACCAACAGAGAACAGUAUGGAGGAGGCACGCAUUUGUAAAUACACACAUUUUCUUAUUUGUUCCUAUGUGUAACAAUUCUCUUAAUCGUUGAUCCUGGUUUACCUUCAGUUAUUUUAUGCUCUGAUAUACUGUAUUAUGGGGGUAGUUUUCCUCUUGUCAGUCAACCCACCACAGCCUUACUUUUGUACGUAUCCUAACUAGCAUGCCCUGCGUUGGGAGGGCAUCUCUGAGGACUAACUCAGACUGACUCAGACCAACCCUUAGUGUCUUGAACAGACUCUCGGUUUGAGUGGACUUCGGGGCAAAAUCCUGUGACAAAGUGGGUAAAAAUGGGCAUCCCAUAGUAGUCUAGCCAUGUACCUUCGCCCUCACCUGGCAUCAUAGUAACCGAACAAGUACCCACCUUUCCAUGAAAUACCUCUAAUGACGUCGACCACGGAUAUGUCUGUAAUCCAACAGUCCUCUCCUGCUCGCUCUCCUGAUGUCCUGCAUGGGGGGAGGGAUCCCGACUACUUGCCCACAAACCCCUGCAGUAUACCCAGAAACACCCUCUGCCAAUCACCUCUGCUCCACUGCUCUCGUCUUUCUUAAAAAUAUUUGAAAUAUGUAAAUAUUUUCUAAAAGAUGUAUGAGGAUAUUCUGUUAAUUUCAGCGCUAUUUAUGUGUUCACGGUUACUCAACUGUUGUACAGAGGUUUUGAGGUUAUUUUGAGCUGUUGAAACUUCCUGACAUUC